UUUCUGUAUGUUUUUCAAUGCCUUGCAUUGGAACAAUGCCCAAUUUUUCGAAAAUGUUGAAUAUGAAAGAACUGGUUGUGAGUGAUUCACCCAAACUCACUGAGGUUCCAGGCUUGGAUAAGUCAUUAAGCUCCAUGACAUUGAUUAAUAUGAGAAAGUGCACCAAUCUCUCAGCUCAUUUAAGGAAGAACGUCCUACGUGGAUGGACUUCUUGCGGAUUUGAUGGAAUUUUCCUUCAUGGAAACUACGUUCCUGAUUGGUUUGAGUUCGUCAAUGAGGGCACUAAAGUCACUUUUAAUAUUCCCCCAAGUGAUGGUCAUAAUUUUGAAGGGUUAACUUUAUUUUGCUUACGCCGCUCAUACGUAAGCAGUCAUCUUGCCAUUAUUGUUAUAAAUAAUAUCCAGCGUACUGAGUUGCAAGCUUACAUAGGCAGAGAAGCAUCUGAUUACCACCCAAAUGGAGAUGAUUAUCUUUUGCAGGGACAACUCUCGAACAGUAAGCUCAAUUUGCAAGGUGGGGAUAAAGUUGAUAUACUUUUUGAAAACCCAGCCAUUUCAAUAACGAGAACAGGGGUUAAUCUAGUAUGGGACAAACCUAUGAAGGAAAAUAUGUAUGAUUUGGACAAAGCUGGAUAUGUUUUUGACACACAUCCAACUCGGUUUUAUGAUGAGGGAGGACCAAGCCAUGAAGCAUCUGAUAAUAAUCGUCCCAGGAAACAAAUGAGAAUUACCAUAGAUGACUGAAAUGGGAAAAGGCAAGAAGAAAUGAAGCAUCAUCUGUCUAGAUUAUGUCAAACCCAGAUCGAUUCUAUGGUGAAGCACGAUCAAGGCGGUGAUGCAUCGUCAUCAUCACAUAUCUGAGUAAGGUCAUAACCAGUUCAUCAAACGCCUCUUUCAUUUUUCGCUUUACUGGUUCGAUAAUGAAGACAAGUCCUUAUUUCAUACUUCUUUAGAUUC